AUGUCAGCUAUUCUUUCACUGCUCAUUCACCUAUUUGCUCAAAGUUACAAGACCAUGUUUGACUAUGGUAUACGAUGGGCAUUUAGCCCGCGCCCGCCGAUUCAUGACGAAGAAGCUGUCACGGAUACCACGCCACUUCUCCGAGCAGAAGGGUCCGACCGCACCGAGGCACCUGCAUUUGCCGGCAAAGACGAUACAGGCAGUCACCCCCGAACCGCGCACAUUGAUCGCACAGAAGCCGUCGCUGAUUCAACGCCACCUGCAAAGACACCAUCACAUCAAACAACCUUGGCUGAGAUAGACUUGCCAAGUAUCCCUACUCUAUCGCUUGCCAGAAAUAUACCUCACAAACGGUCUGUCUUUGAAUCUUUCAGGGAAAGCAAGAUGUUUCUCAAUUGGCAGUUGUCGAAUACAACAUUCCCCAAAGCAGAAGACAGCAUUCCCGAUAUGCGGGUGAUAUCAAUACUUGCGCCCAUCAAGAAGGACCUCAACAGGCUGAAGGCGCUGACGCCCAAGAGCCUACCGCCACCCAAUCCACAUGUACGAACACGGUGUUACGCCCAGAGUCUCAAGCAUAGAUUGCUACCGGUCGGCCAGUUCAUUGUCGAUAUCUUGGAUCAGGUUGCCGAGGACGAGCGAGGCGCCCUGGAAUUAGGCUUGUGCCGCUAUAUCGCCAUUAAUUUCUGGCCUUUGCCCGCCAACGAAUAUACCCACUUGAAGAUACACGAGAUGUACCAUAACGUUUUGUACUUGAGCAGAAAACCGGCAGCUACAAGCCCAAUGUCCGAAACAUCGGUUGGGAAUCCCUCGGAAGAGCAGUUGUCCGACAAAUGGGUUGGGAGUCUUUUGGAAGAGCAGUUGGCGCUACCCAUAACCAGCUCGAUACCCAUAAAUGACCGGCCAAGUCAAGAUACAAUCAUGUCGGACCCGGAACCCAGCGAAUAG